GCAGAAGGUUAUAAGAGCAUGGGUAUUGUGGACGGACGAUUCAAAACCACGGAAGGAUUAGAAGAAAGAAGAUUGACUGAAACCUAAGGAAAAUGUUAGCGAAAAUUUUCGUUUUACUGUGCGCAAUCCACGCAGAAUUCUGUGCAGCGGAGUGGAGAGAUAUUGGAAGGGGAUGUGCUGGUUCAAAAGGUAACCAUUUUGCGCUUCUGACAAACAGGGGCGCCUCUGGUUUUGUGAAGGCAUUUAGGUUGACUCACACCCGUGGAAAAAUCGGAUGCUAUGCAGGUGCACGCACAAAUUGGGGAUGUGAUAGUCAACACCGCACCAAUAUGUAUGCCACAGACGUUAACAACGUGGUUAUGUAUCCUUCCCCUGUAUUAACUAAGUCUUAUAAAAAUGGUGGUUGGUAUCACCUGCCUGGCUAUCGCGAAAAUUCACCUCAGCUGGUCUUUUCAGAUGUUGGCACAAGGUUCAUUUAUUCAGGCCAACAAAUGCGAGUCUGGUAUGGUGAAGAUCUUUACGGUUAUUCCGAGCAUGACAACCAUGGACUCACUUGCUUCAAGGCUCAAUUAUAUUUUGUUCAAUAGCUGUUUUUUAGAGAUCAAUUCAGACUCACUUAUUUCUUGUUACGUUUAAUUGUUAAAAGCUUUCGUUAGUUUAGCUUAUUAGAAACAAUGGCGAGAUUCCAAAGUCACAUUGCCAUUAAACCAUAUAGUGCAGCUUGAAAGUUUUUCACAGAGCCUUAUCAUGUUGCUUUCUAACGGCACAGAAUACGAAUCAGAAAGGCAACUCACUUAUUUUUUGGGUAAAUGUGUUUGGUCAUGAUUUUCAACUAGUACUCAACAAGUACCAUAAAUAGAAACAAUCAUCUCCCUCUCCGCAUUUGAAAUGGCGCUAUUUUAAAUGUUGGCGCAGGGGGCAUCACACCUACGCAAAAAAAUGGAGUUCUCCUUCUGAUGGGUAUAUUCUGCACUGGCGGUCAGUAGUACCUGUCAAUGGCGGAAAAAUCGCGCGAUUGGUGGGUCCCAUGAGGGACGUUGGAACUUUUGGAUUUUACCGAAAGUAUGCGCGACCUCCACGCGAGAUGAUGUGCGCACAAGUGUGUUAUUAGUGAGC